AUGUCUGAAGACGUUCAGAGAGUAGUGGUGAUCCAAGAUGCAACGCGGGAGGUUAGUCCGAUCGCAAUCAGAUGCGUCCUGAAAGGAUUUUCACUUAAGCCUGGAGAUGCAAUUAUACUCUUUGGAGUUCUUCACCAGGUUAAUAAUCCUAGUACGUUAUCUUUCACUGAAGUGGGAUACAAGGUCAAGGUGGACUCAAAAUCAAUGUUUGCGUUAAACCCAAAACUCAUUGCAGAAGAAGUCUCCAAAAAGGCAGAAGAGUACAAUAGCAACGUGGAAAUUAUGGAAAUCGCUAAGCAGUGUAAAAUGGAACAGAUUGAGUUCCGUGUAGAAGUCCGUGCUGGAUCUACUCCAAAGGAGCUUGCUCUGAAAGCUGCUAAAAAUUUCAGGGCAACAUGGGUGAUACUUGACAGGCAAAUGAAGAAAGACAAGAAAUACUUCAUGGACAAGCUUCCAUGUGCAAUAUCAAGGAUGAAGCGUAACAACACCAUUGAACAACUGAGAGGCCCAAAGAACCCAAAAGUUAAGAGCAAAAGUGGAGACAAAUUACAAGCAGAUGGAAAAGACAAGGGCAAAGAACAAGAGGAAGAAAAGGUACCAUAUGAUGAAAUGAUACCAGGGAGCCCAAAGCGCAGAAGGUCUGCCCGCAGUAGUCAGUUUGUGACGACGACCACAGCUUCUUCUUCGACUUCAGCUACUGGUUAUCAUGAAAAUGACACUCUAAGUUCUACUUUUAAAACUGCAAAGCAUGCCUACAUGAAUUUUCAAGAGGAAGAAAACACUACCAACGCAGAAAAAGAAACAGCAGGAAGACAAUCCUCGGCUGCAAAUACUUUGUCCGAACAGAGGGAAAAGGAGACAGCGACCCCAAAUGAAGAACCAAAGCAACAAAAGAAAAUUGAUGAUUGGAUGGGAGGGAGUCCUACAGAUGAGGUAUUCAAAAAUUCCAUUUGCUCAGUUUGCAAGAAUAUGCGGCCAAAGAUAGGAUGGAAGAGAGACUUCAGUUAUGCAGAGAUCCAUGCAGCAACAGAAGGAUUUUACAAAACAAAAUUCCUAUCGGAAGGUGGGUUCGGCUCUGUCUACAGAGGCGACCUGGACGGGCUGGCGUUUGCCGUAAAGAAACUCAACAGUGCAAGUUUCCAAGGAGAGAAGGAAUUCAAGUCUGAAGUUGAAGUACUCAGCAAAGUCAGACAUGAUAAUUUGGUCAUGCUGUUGGGAUCUUGUUCUGAAGGAAAGGACAGGCUGCUUGUUUAUGAAUAUGUGUGCAAUGGCUCACUAGACCAACAUUUAUCAAAACAUGCGCGCAAUCCUCUCGCUUGGGAAAAGAGGAUGAAGAUAGCUUUGGGAGCUGCCAGGGGACUAAAAUAUCUGCAUGAAAACAAUAUUAUCCACAGAGAUAUGAGGCCAAACAACAUUCUCAUUACCCAUGAUCACGAAGCACUGCUUGGAGAUUUCGGCCUCGCGAGAACUCAACAUGAAGACUCAGAGCAAUCCUUGGAGACAAGAGUUGUUGGAACUCUUGGAUACUUGGCACCAGAAUAUGCAGAAUGUGGGAAAGUGUCAACCAAGACAGAUGUUUAUUCUUUCGGGGUGGUGCUAUUGCAGCUGAUCACAGGACUAAAGACUACAGACAAGAUACUAGGAGGGAAAAGUCUUGUAGGAUGGGCAAGGCCACUACUGAAAGAAAGAAACUACCCAGAUUUAGUUGACCAGAGGAUCUUAGAGUCACACGAUGUCCAUCAACUCUUUUGGAUGGUUCGAGUAGCAGAAAAAUGUCUCAGCAGGGAUCCCCAGAAGCGAUUAACAAUGGAUAAGACAACAAAGGCUUGCCCAAUAAGAUUGGCUGAACCAGAUGAAUUGAAUGUGAAAGUGGUUUAUGCCCUAAACUACAUAAUAGAAAGCAACUCAACCUGCACUAUUGGAGAACUAACCCCAGCAAAAUCAGAUUCCCCAGUCCGUGCACGAGACUCUUAUGAAUCACCGGAUUAUGAUGAUUCAUGCUAUGCUGUAGAAACCUCGUCUACAAGCUUUACUACAGACACCAUGUCGACAAGCAGCACAAGUCACAGGAUGGACUGGAUAACGAAGGUUCGUCUUAAGGUCGAGGCGCUGUACUUCAUAGAGAUGGGGUUAGCUAGAUGUAAUGUCCAAGAGCUUCAGCUUCUUGAGAUAAUUAAUAUAUGUUGA